AUGGACAGAAUUUCCUUGUCUUCUUAUCUAAUGUGGUGGUUAUGGAAGACAAAGAAUAACUGGAUAUUUAAGAAGGUGAAAGUAUAUAAGCAGCGGUUAGUGGAGGAAGUUAAAUUGGAGUGGAUAGAGUUUGAGGUGCUCCAAGAAAAUGGUUUUGAAGUCCAAAAAGAGAGAGUGGAUGCAGAAGAUGAGAGAUUCAGAGUGUCUGAGAGAGUGGCUAAGGGACUGACUUUUACUGGAGACUUUGAAGUAGCAAGGUGGUCUGUGGCUAGGGGUGUUGUGCAGCACUCGGUGGAAGAGCGGAUCUCCUACAAAUCAGAGAUUGGGGAGCUGGAGUCAAGCUGGGGUGGGAAAAGGUGCAGGUAG